GCAGCCUCAGCCCAUGGCAGUGCCCACGGUCAGGCUCAGGAAUGGCGUCGAACAUCCGCUGAUCGGCUAUGGCACGUACAAGAUCGGGUUUGUCCCCGCCAGUUCCAACAGCGCGUCGGAGCCAGGGCACUCACCCGACCAGGACCCAGCCGACAUCAUCAAAGACGCGCUCGCGUGCGGGUACAGGUACAUCGACUGUGCUCAGUUCUAUGGGAACGAGAAGCUGGUGGGGAAGGCGAUCAGCGAGAGCAAGGUGCCCCGAGCGGAACUGUUCCUGGUGUCCAAGGUGUGGGGAGACAAGAUGUAUGAGGGGAGGGAGGCUAUCCUUCGGCAGCUCGACCAGACGCUCGAGGACUUGGGGACUGACUACCUCGAUAUCUAUCUCGUGCACUGGCCUGUCCCGGGGAAGCAUGUGGCGGCAUACCAGGUGCUAGAGGAAGCGCUGGGUGCGGGAAAGAUCCGGGCGAUCGGGAUCAGCAACUACACGAGGGAGGACUAUGAGGAGCUCAAGGCCGUGGCUCGAGUGCCUCCUGUGGUGAACCAGAUCGAAGUGAACCCUUUCCUGUGGAGGAGGAAGACGUACGAUUACUUCAUGGGGGAGGGGGUGGUCCUCCAAAGCUACCGGGCACUGCGGCAGGGGAAGGAGAUGGGCAACCCCUGCGUCGCUGAGGUCGCCAAGAAGCACGGGAGGACAGCAGCGCAGCAGAUCCUAGGGAGAUGGUGCGUGCAAAGGAACAUCGUGCUAGUUGCCAAGACAGUUCACAAGGAGAGGAUGAAGGAGAACAUGGCCGUGUUCGACUUCCAGCUGGACGAGGAGGACAUGAAGAGGCUAGACGGUCUCACGACCCCCGAGAGUCUGGCGGAGUUCAAGGCGCUGUACGACAAGUGCGUGGUAAGGGACACUCCCCUUGCAGCUCUAGAGCCCUCGGAGCAGGGAGUCAAGAAGGAGGUCCUGCUGGACUAG